AUGGAACAAACUGUUGUCAUUAGACCGAAGACUAGUCAACGAGCCGAAGUGACAAAGCUGGCUAUCCGCUCGAAACUUGACCCUACAGCCUUUUCAGUCAAGGCUGUUCGAUGCAAAGAAAAUGGGGACGUUGAUGUUCUAUGCGAAACGAAUGAUCUUGCUCAGAAAUUAGUCAAUGCUGCUGCAGAUAUCAUGUCUGAAAACUACGAAAUUUCAAUUAGGAAACCUCUGAAGCCGAGAAUAAAAAUUAUUGGAAUUUGCGGUGAAUUGACAGCUGACGAAAUCGUUCUCAAACUGAAACAGCAAAACAAUCUUCCGCUUUCCUCGAAUAUCAGCGUUAUUCGCAUCCGCAAAAAUGAGAAUUGGACUUACAAUCCACUGGUGACUGUCCUAGAGACUGAUGCCCAGACUUUCGAAACACUAAUAAACCUGCAAAGUGUCAACGUGGGAUGGGAUCGAUGCAGAGUGGUCGAAGAAGUUAAUGUUUUGCGCUGCUUCAAAUGUUCGAAGUACGGACAUAAGGCAUCUUCCUGCAAUAAUCCUUUCUGCUGCCCGAAGUGUGCUGGAGAUCAUGAAGCAAAAGAUUGUGCAUCCUCGUUCGUGAAUUGUGAAUUAACGAACAAAAAACGUAACCUUCCGAAGGAUAAGGAGGUCUGCAUCGACCAUUCAGUGUGGAGCGUCAACUGUCCUGUUUAUCAGAACCGUCUGAAGAAUGCCCGGCAAAUGGUUAACUACUCGAUUUAG